GGUCAGGCUGCAUCCUGUCAUCCACGUUAGGUUUGAGGGCGUGGCCUCUUCAUCAGGGCACCUGAGUGACUCUUCCAGCAGCGAAUCAGCUGUCAGGUCAUCGAGGCGACUCCCGUUGGCGUCUCCGACUCGUUGUCUGCGAUUUGAGGAUGAGACGGAGACGGAGGUGGAGUCUCGUUACCUGGAGCGACAAAGGCAGAGGAGACAUGGGGGGCAGCGAUGGACAGGUGUCCUGGUCUCUAAACCGAACCUGAACCAGUACAUCAACGGUAGGGCGGAGGCUGGACAUGUUGACAGACAGCAGACAGGACUGACGCCUGCAGGGGGGGUGGGUCAGUGUGACUCCUGUGGGACAGUUUUGGGAGGCGGAGUCAACCUGAACCUCCGUCUACACCCACCUGAAGACCAGGGGCGGAGUCUGCACAGACGCCGCCUCAACCUGCGAACUGAGCCCAUCAGAGAGACCUAUAUUGGCUCUGUCACACCUGGUGAGACCAAUGGGAGGGGGGGCAGGACUAUGCCUGCUGCUAACAACCAUGUGAGGAGGACGACCAAUCAGGUGGAACUGAAUGUAAACCAGAUGACCAUCCCUCAAGCCACGCCCACCACCGACCUGCCAAUCAACCCCUACGCCCCCUGAUCAGCUGACCAUGCACACCUCCAACUGCUCCUACACCUUGUCUCCUCCACCUGUGACAUCAUCGCUGAUGUCACAGAACAUCAGGCUCAGCAGCACAAAGGCAGAGCAGGAUCCACCGGAAGCCAAGCCCCACAUACAGCUCCGAUCUGGGGCAGAGUUGAAGGAGAGGACCCGUUCUGUGGAAGAAGGAGGUCUGGAUCUCAGGAUGAAGAACUCCUCCUCCUCCUCCUCCUCAGGGAGAAGCUCAGAGACAACAGCUGAGAGCCAAGCCCCGGCAAAAUCAGGCAGCAGUGGUGAUGGACAAGUCAGACAGACAGUGAGAGCAGAGGUUCACGGUGACGACACUUCAGUUCCUGGUUGCCUCAUCAGCAGAGACGAACCCUCUCGUCUUUCUUUACGUCAUCUUUUCUCCAACGUCAGACUGAGCAGGACUCAACCUAGCAGCCUGGACCGCCUCAGCUCACGGCCUCACCCCUUAGAGCCUGACCCCACCCUCCCAGUUUCAGGGAAGUCCUCAGGCCUGCUGAAGAAAACACCGUCUGUUCAGUCACUCAUUGUGGUGAGAAGAUCAUCAAUUACUAUAUUGUUUGUAGUGACCGCGGUAUCCAUUCGUUGAAAUCCAUUUGUGCUAGUCACCCGUGGGCUGACUUAGAGAUUGAUAGAUGCUUAUUUGCUUGAGAAAAAAGGUAUAUCCACAUGCGAUUAAAAAAUUAAAAUAUUUGUUUGUUCGCUCCUUGUUUUACAGUUGCACAAAGAAAAAGAAAAUGUAAACUAAAUAUUACUACUGAAAUGGUAGGGUAAAUAAAGAGAACUAAACAAAAUAACCUGGCAGGCAAGAUAACAUGAUUCAGGCUGCUCAGUCUAAAAACUGUGUGACAUUGACCUGCACGGGUUACCCUCAAAAGCAAUUAAUAAACACACACAACCCUCAAAAAAUGGCAAAAUAUAAAUUAAGAAAUAGGAAUAAAUAUAAACUAAGCAAUUGGUUAAGCAAUUUUUGAAAUUGUGCUGUACGUUUCCUGUCUGUCCAUCAGGGGUCACCUUUCUUUGACCUGUAUGCUGGAGAAGCCCCUGACCGUAGUGUGCAUUUCUGGGUGGCGCUCAACAUGACUCCGACCCCGUUGAGUGCCGCCCUUCCCGUUAGACUCACUUAACGGCACCUACUGGUGGCAGAAGCAGUGCAGCACAUUCACAAACGUCCAUUCUGCAUGAACAACUACAGCCUAGUGGCUCGCACUGUCGCCUCACAGCAAGAGGGGCCUAGACGGCCCUUCUGUGUAGAGUUUGCAUGUUCUCCCUGUGUCAGCGUGGGUUCUCUCCGGGUUAUCUGGCUUCUUUCCACAGUCCAAAGACAUGCAGCUUAGGUUAAUUGAUGACUAUAAAUUGUCCGAAGGUGCACGUGAGUGUGAAUGGUUGUCUCUCUCUAUGUGUCAGCCUUGUGAUGGUCUGGCAACUUAUAAAGGGUUGGAUCGGCUCCAGCCCCCCGCGACCCUGAAAAGGAUCAGCUGUAACAGAUGGAUGGAUGGCUGCAGCCUAGAAAACAUAUUACAACAGUACAUUUAGAAUAUUAUGCAUAUAAAGACAUAAGGAUGCAACUGCAAAUUGACCCGUUGGCUAAAUUAAAUUACACAAAAUAAAUAAUU